AUGGACAACACGUUUGGGCCACAGCUGCUCGGCCAUUUCGAUUUUACGCUUUUAUUCACGGACACCAUUUUCCACAUUGUCCCGUCUAGUAUAAUCGCUUUGGCGACGCUCUUCUUCGUCGUCCAAACCAUCAAUGGCUCACCACUUGUACGGAAAGGUCGGCUACUCUGGCUCAAGUUGGCCGUUGCCGCCUCACUAGCUGCGGUACAGAUCGCCAACGCUGUUCUCUGGUUCCAGUCGCCGCUAGACUCCAGGCUCGCAAAGACAGCCUCUCUCUGCACAUGUGUCUCUGCCCUGUGCAUUGGCUUCAUCAUUUAUACAAACCAUGUUUAUUUCAUUCGGCCACCCUCCUUUCUCGGCCUUUUCCUCACGAUUACCAUUAUACUCGAUUCCGUCGUGACGCGUGCCUAUUACCGCCGAACUGGACUUGGCACAAUCGCGCAGCUGCACAUUUCUGUGCCUGUUUUGAAAGGGACUAUGCUGGUGUUGGAGGAGAUUUCUAAACGUUCUCUUGUCAUUGCGCCUAGGUUGCGCGAAAACCUUGGGAGCGAGUCCUUUGCGGGAUUCUGGAGCACGUCUCUGUACUUGUGGCUCAAUCGCAUCAUGUUCAUUGGCAUGAGGGGCAGACUAACUACUGGCCUUUUACCUGGUAUCUCACAGGAAAUCGAUCCUGUGGUGCUCUAUAAGGACUUUAGCGCAAUCUGGGGCACGGCUGAUGAGCGCUCGAAAUACGCCUUGGCCAGGGCAUGCUUCUUGUCUGCCCCCUGGCCCUUUGUUUACGUGAUUCUGCCACGACUAUUUUCUACUGGUUUCCAUUUUGCGCAACCUUUCCUGUUGCAGGAUAUAGUCAACGCCGUUGCAGCCAAGACUCAGGAUAUGAACAUCGUAAAGGGACUUAUUUCCGCUACGGCGUUCAUCUUCAUUGGCAAAGCUGUUUCCCAGGCUUGGUAUCUAUAUAUCAAGAAUCGCAUGGCGACAACUACAAGAGCGAUUCUUGUUACUGCCAUCUAUCAAAAGUCCCUCAGGUUGAGCAAAGACGAGCUGGCAAAAGAAGCAGCCGUCACGCUUAUUAAUACAGACGUCGCUAAUGUCAUGCUGAUCAUCGCGCUCUCUUACGAGUGCUGGGUCACAUUGGUCGAGAUCAUUCUCGGCCUUACCAUACUCACUCGGUUCGUUGGGUCUGCUAGCAUUUUUGCGUUGAUUCCGACCGGGUUGUCGAGUGUUUUCACGUACUUCAUUUCGAAAAAGCUGGCUUUCUCUCGAAGAGAGUGGAAUGGCCACAUUCAGACCCGAGUUGCAGACACGUCAAACAUGCUGGCUCAGAUGAAAGACAUCAAGAUGACGGGACUAGCCCCGACUCUCGCCAAAAGACUGCAACGUCAACAAGUUGCCGAGACAAAGAUUGCAAUGGAAAACAGGCGCGCUGUUGCUGGAACCUUUUCUUUCUCUGCAAUUGGAGAGACAAUAACGCCAGUGCUUGUCGUUGCAGGGACAAUGUUUUGGACACGAGCCUCGGAGCCCAUCACUUCGGCACGUUUCUUUACGACCUUGGCCGUUGUGACGUUGAUAUCUAGACCUUUGGCCGACUUUCUUACCGGAUUGCCCGCGUGGACGAGUGCAUUUGGAGCAGUUGACCGUAUUCAAGCAUACCUGAAGCAGGAAGAAGACGCGGAUGAGCGCAAGAUCUUAGUGUCGCAGAUUGCCACGGACUCGGGCUCAUCUAGCGGUGCUCAACCACGGAAUUCGAUCGCUCUUCGAAAUAGACAGCCGUCGCAGCGUCCCCGAGCCGCCGUCAAGUUGCAGUCUGUAGCAGUUUCUGUGGGCCCGUCAGCAUCUGUUCUGAAAGACGUCACCAUCUCCAUCCCAUUCGGACAAACAACAGUGCUCACUGGUCCCGUGGGGUGCGGCAAAUCUGCUUUGCUUAGCGCAAUCACAGGGCAAGCAAAGCUGAGCGCUGGAUCGGUGGCUGUUUGUACGAAAAAGAUUGCAUAUUGCGCACAGCGCCCCUGGCUGCGAAACACAACCAUCCAAAAGAACAUUCUGGGAUUCAGUUCCUACAAUGCUGCUUUAUACCAGAGAGUCAUAUUCACCUGUGCGUUAGAUACAGACCUGAAAGAACUCCCACUGGGCGAUCAAACAUUAUGUGGAAGUGAUGGAUGCAAGCUCAGUGGAGGGCAGCGAUCAAGGAUUUCAAUAGCUCGUGCCUUUUACUCGGGUGCAGAGUUGGUUGUGCUCGAUGACCCUUUGAGCGCCCUCGACAAGGAGACAUCGUCAGCCAUACGCGCUCGACUUUUCGGGAAAAAUGGAUUUUUGGAGGAGAAUUCCACGACUAUCAUUAUGGCUACCAGCAUGCAGCAAGAUCUCGCCGAUGCCGACGCAGUCUUCAAAGUGCUGGAAGACGGUCGCGUUGUACCAUCUACCGACACAAAAAGCGCUGUUGCCACCUCCAGUGAUGACACCUCCGGUGACACGAAUCCAGCCCCUGACGAGACGCAGACAACACCGGCUAGUCAACGAUCAGAUGAGACGGCUGAAAAUGGAUAUAAGCCACCAUCUGUAGAGCCAACUCCAGAUGAUGACAAAUCAAGCCCGUGGCAAGAAGCCAAGUUCGGGGACUUCUCUCUCUACUCCUAUUUUACCUGUCCUGCGGGUUUGCUGAACCUUCUGCAAUGGACCUUCUUGGUUGUCGUUGCUGCAGUAGUAGAGAGGAUGUACUUAAUCUGGGGUCGGAUAUGGUUCGAUAAAGAUCCCAAAAACCGGCUUUACUUUAUUACAUUCGCUUUUUUUGGGGCGAUUAAUCCGUUGACAAACUGGAUUGCGUGCUACGGAUUCUUCUAUCUGAUCAAUGCGUCUGCAAUGGAGGCCCUGCAUUGGCAACUUGCAGACACCACAACGAGAGCCACGUUUGAAUUUCUCGCAGCAGAAGACGCAGGCAGUGUGCUCAACAGGUUCAGCACCGAUACAAGCAUCAUUUCGCAGCGAUUACCAAUAGCCAUCCUCCCAUCAGCUUGGGGCUUUCUGUCGGUCCUCAUCGACAUCGGUAUCAUCGCCUCUGGAGCUAGUUAUGCGGCGCCAAUAAUGCCGGUUCUAUUACUCGGCCUAUUCGUUGUCCAAUAUUUCUACCUACGCACUUCCAGACAGCUGCGGAGUCUCGAGCUUGACACGUCAAAGCUAAUGGUCCGGCAGCUUACCGAAACGAGUGGCGGCAUCGCCCACGUUCGCUCCUUCAAAUGGGAGGACUUUUUCGUCUCAGAGUUCUAUGAGAUCCUGGAGAAGACCCAAAAACCCUUCUACUUCAUGAAUCUAGCUCAGCAAUGGCUUCUUAUGGUCCUUGACAUGUUUAGUGCGGGAGCGGGCAUUGUCAUGAUUACCCUUGCAUUCAACUACCCGAGCUCGGCAUCGGCCAACUCCAUGGGUCUUGCUUUUGUCAGUCUGAUUUCGUUCAGUCAGAUCGUAUCGCUGUUUAUCCGCUACUUUACCAACAUGGAAAUCGCCUUUGGAGCGGUGGCUCGCAUACGCGCUUUCGCGACCGGUACACCGCUGGAGUUGGAUGACUGCGAUGCAUCCGAUUUACCGCCGGAAUGGCCACAAAACGGCAAGGUUGAAUUCAGUGGUGUUACUGUCGUAUACAAGUCAAAAGCAGAAAAUGGUGAGGAAGCAGAGCACAAGGGCUUAGACAACCUUGCAAUUACGGUAAAGCCCGGCAGCACUUUAGGCAUCAUGGGUCGAACUGGAAGCGGUAAAACGAGCCUGCUUCUCGCUCUCCUACGUCUAGUGAAAUACUCGGGCAAGAUUACCAUUGACGGUCGCGAUAUCGAGUCGGUCCCGCUCAACAUCCUUCGAACUCGCAUCACAACAAUCACUCAAUCCGGGCUCGAGCUGAUAGGCUCCAUUGACGUGCUCGAGCAGGUCGGGCUGAUGGAGCGUAUCGAUGCCCGAGGCGGUCUAGAGGCAGACUUUGCAGACAUGCGGUUUUCGCAAGGCCAAAAACAACUGUUUCAGCUUGCUCGCGCGAUGCUGCACCAGGAGAUUAUGAAAUCCCCGCUCCUCGUCAUCGAUGAGGGCACAUCAAGUGUUGACGAGGAAACCGAAGAGCGGAUGCGCAUACUUGUGCACGAGGCUUUUGCUUCAUGCACCAAGUUCAUAAUCACUCAUAGAGGGAGUAUCCUCAACAGAUCUGAUACUGUUUUGCGCCUCUCGAGGGGCAAAAUGGUGGCAAUGACGUCGAAUUGGGAAGCACAAAACGGGGAGCGCAGCUCCUAG